UAAAAGAUCCGCUAGACAUGUUUAUGCAUUUCACGGUAAACCAAAUAGUCACGUCGAGAACCAAUCAAAUAGUUCGCGAACAUUAGCGAAACUUUUGCUGGCUGAACUUGGGGAAGGUUGGACCGAAGAGCAUCUAAUUGGAGAGAUUUACACAGAAAGUAACACCAAUGGCUACUAUUACUCGUGUCUUGCACUGCGUCAAACGUCACUUUGUUUCUCGUAUUUCCUUUUCACCAAGCAAGAGAUUAUAUUCUGCGAUGUCAGGGAUGUUGAUAGAUGAACCAAAAUACUCAUGGAUCAAAGAGCUUGGCUUGUCUGCACAGAAUAACGGUGUUUACUAUGGAGUUUGGGGAGGCUCUGGUGAGGAGACGACUACAUAUUGUCCAGCCAAUUGUCAGCCCAUAGCCAAAGUUACACAGGGAAAUGCAGCAGAUUAUGAAAAAGCUAUCAAAGCAGUGAGAGAUGCUUGGGAGAUCUGGGUUGAGGUUCCUGCUCCCCAAAGAGGCGAAGUGGUGCGACAAAUUGGAGAGGCCUUAAGGAAAAAGAAACAUUUGCUUGGCAAAUUGCUUGCUGUAGAGAUGGGUAAAAUUGUUCCAGAGGGAGAGGGUGAGGUUCAGGAGUACAUUGACAUCGCUGACUACGCAGUCGGCUUGUCGCGGAUGUUUGCAGGGCAUAUCUUUCCGUCAGAACGCAAAGGUCACAUGCUGUUGGAACAGUGGAAUCCACUGGGAGUUGUAGGGGUGAUAACUGCGUUUAACUUCCCCUGUGCAGUAUACGGCUGGAACUCUUGCAUUGCACUCAUCACUGGCAAUGCGGUUUUAUGGAAAGGUGCUCCAUCAACACCACUUGUAUCGGUAGCGUUGACCAGAAUUGUGUCAUCAGUCUUUGAAUCGAACAAUUUGCCAGGAGCAAUCUGUUCUCUCGUGUGUGGAGGUGCUGAUGUUGGAACCUUAAUGGCCAAAGAUGAACGAGUCAAUCUGCUGUCCUUUACAGGAAGCACACCAGUGGGUCACAGAGUAUCCUUGAUGGUUCAGGAGAGAUUUGGUAAAUUCCUUCUGGAACUUGGAGGAAACAAUGCCAUUGUAGUAAAUGACGAUGCUGAUGUUGAUAUGGUUGUAAGAGCUGGCUUGUUUGCUUGUGCUGGCACUGCAGGACAAAGAUGCACCACAACACGGCGAAUGAUAUUACAUGAGAAGGUGCAUGAUGAAAUUGUACAGAAGUUAACCAAAGCUUAUAGUCAGCUUAGAAUUGGAGAUCCUCUUGAUGAGGGAAUUCUGUAUGGGCCUAUGCACAGCCAACAGGGUAUUGACCUGUACAAGAAAGGUAUUGCCGAUGCGACAGCUGCGGGAGGGAAGAUUGAGUAUGGUGGAAAGGUUAUUGACCGUCCAGGCUACUUUGUCGAACCAACAAUUAUCACAGGACUGAAGCAUGAUGCCGAGAUUGUACAUCGAGAAACCUUUGCACCUAUUGUUUACAUCCUCAAGUGCAAGAAUAUUGAUGAAGGUAUCAGGUGGAACAAUGAGGUGAAGCAAGGAUUGUCCAGCAGCAUGUUUACCCGAGACCUCAGCAAUGUCUUCAAGUGGAUUGGACCAAAAGGUGCAGAUACAGGAGUUGUGAAUAUUAACAUUCCCACAAGUGGUGCAGAAAUUGGAGGAGCUUUUGGUGGUGAAAAGCACACAGGAGGUGGCCGUGAGUCUGGGAGUGAUGCCUGGAAACAGUACAUGAGAAGAUCAACAUGCACCAUCAACUUCAGUAAGGAGCUUCCUCUUGCUCAAGGCAUAAAGUUUGAGUAAGCCAAAGAGUCCAAGAAGUGCUGAAUAUUUACAAAAGAACAACACAGAAAUUUGUGUGAUUUGUGGGUCUGAUAUCAGAUAACAAAUGGAUUUUAUCUGAAGAAUGGAUUUGAAAUAUAUUUUAUUAAAUUAUACAGCUAUUUCACAUCUGCAGUUAUAAUGUUAGAUAAUAUACUGAACCAAAGUAAAAACAUCAUAUAUAUAUGAACAGUUAGGAUCAUAAUGUGUAAAUAUAAAACGAAUACAAAGAAUGAAUAUGGAAAUAUUUUGAUUUAAUAACAAAAGUAGGCAGUAUAAAGAGUUGGAUGUGUGACCCAUUUAUCUGUGUAACAACAUGUUUUCAAUCUCAAAAUUCAAAACCAAAAAUGUCUAUUACAGUGCCUCAGUUGAGUAACAUUUAUGGCACAAACGGCAGCAUGACAGUGUCUCAUUGGCAGCCUGACAUGCAAACAGUGCAUUCGGUAUUCACCUCUAUUGUUGGAUCAACAUGGCACCAAGUUCCUGUUGAGUCUGAGGUUGGUUUAUCUUGUUGCAAACACUAGUACUUCUUCAAAGUGCAUCCCAAAUGUGUUCAAUUGGAUUGAGGUCAGGCAAUCGUGAAGGCAACACCAUGCCAUUGAUGCCUCCAUUCCUUAAAAUAAUUGCAAGUUCAAGGUUUGACAUUGUCAUGCUAGAAGACGAGAUAGUACAAGUUUACAAGUAAUCACUUGGCUAUGAUUUUGUAAAAUCAUUGUGGGUUAUGGCAUCACUGUGUCACACACCAUAGCCUAUGACAGUGCUAAGAUAGCUUUGAAGAUAUGGCCCUAGUUCUGAUAAACAGCUGCAUUUAGGUUUCUUGAAUAACAAGCAGUGGAGAAGGCACCUAUCGACACCAACCCACCAGCAGUAUACAUGUAUUUACCUUACCAGCCCAAACCCUAUGUUUUAGCAGCUCUCAGCAUACAUGUAAAUCUAGAUCUGUAACUAAAAACGAUAUGAUUCCAGACCCUUUGGGUCCAUGAGAUGUUGUUGGUGUGAUUCGUCAUCAUUUAUCCUGUGAAUGGCCACUAGCUGUGCUCAACACGAGUAGCAUGCAGGCAGUUUCUAAUGGAUUGGGCAGACAUCUAAAAAGUUCAUUCCUAGUUGAAGUUGCCAUCAUGAAAUGACCAUGCAGUUGGCUUAACCAGAUGUGACAUCAUACAUGAUCAUUCAUUUAGUUCUUCCAGUGUUAUUAGUAUGCUCUGCAAUGGGUGUCAAUAGUUAUGUGUGAAACAUUGUAGACAUGUGACCCAUGGCACUUGAAAAGAAACUUUCAACUAAAACACUAUUAAUAUUCAACACACUGGUAAAUUCUGUUGGUAAGGGGUGUAUGUUUUUAUUUAUAAACAUUGUUAUUACACAGGAUUCAAAUUUAAAGGCAUCCAUGCAGCAAUUAAAUUGGUUUAUUUUAAUACACUUGUUAAAGUGUAUAUUGUUGCCCUGCCUUUUGGCCGUCAAAAACUCUCCAUUGCACGAGACCAAAUGGCCUUGCCCUCUUGUUUGCCCAAAUCAAUGCCUGCAGACAAAUUUACAUGACCUAUGGGUAUAAUUUAUAUUAUAUUUUAAGAAUGUGAUGUUUUCGUUUUCAUUCAGUAUAUAUCAAACUGGUAGGAACAAAAUGUAUGUUACAAAAGUGUGUAUGAUUGGAAUUUUGCUUUGAAGUUUUUGAUUUCACUACGUAUAUACGGCAUUGUAUUAUUCUAAUAAGGAAUAUCUAUUCAUUAAUAUCAUGAUCACUUGAAUAAGAACAAUAUUAUACAUUUUAGAAGAUUUAAUGCUAUAUUCAAGUUUUGUUUGUUUUGUUUUACAAUGUAUUUUGAAAUCUUAUUACAUUGGAGGUGGGUUCAAGAUUUUACUUUAGAAGGUGUGCAAGUAAAAAGAAGUGGAUCACUUUUGCAUGUUGUCAGAUUGUUUAACAGUGAGGUUUUUUUUCUGAUUGAAUCAGUAAUUUCAGGCUAGAGUGAAGGAGAUGUGUGUACUUACUGUAGGUUUGAUUUUUUAAUGCAAUUUGUUUUUCUUUACAUUUUACUUUUGAGAUAUAAGUAUUUAUUACAUAUUAUAUAACUUUCGCCAAAACAAAUGC